AUUCUUAGUAUGCAGAAUGUCGAGGUACAUCUUAUGCAUAAUUCUAUAAGGAUAGGAAGUUUCCCAAAGAACUGCAUGCCGCAAUAUGUCCACGCUCUGCUUAAGGUGGUUUUGGAUGCCUCUUUGCCCGGCGGUCCUAAAAAGCAAUUCUUACACCUUGUCUACACCGAAGACGAGGUGACCGUGAUGUUUGAUGAUAGCGUCAACUUACCCAUCACAAACUCACCGCCAGCCGGCACGGAACCUCUCGCGGAUGGUGAACAGACGUCGAGCCCCGAGUCGACCGAGCCCGAACAACCAAAGGAGGGUAUCACACUCUUUCCAGAUGAGUGGUGUGCGAUAACGGUCGUAGCUGGAGCAUCGGGUGGAUCGGGGGAUGUUCUUUUAGCAAGCGUUAGGCACUUGGCGUCGGUGACGGUCUUCUAUGCCUCCACAUACGAAACGGACUAUCUCCUAGUCCAGAAAUCUAAAGUGGACAUGGUGAUGAACCUCUUCAAAGCUCUGGGGUAUAAGUUGAGAGAUCGACGCUGCGCUAGCGUAGAAACGGAAUAUGUGAGUGAGACAGAAUCAAGCGGAUACGACGACCUGGCGCCGAAUACGGAGCCGCUAACCAUGGGGACCCCUCGACCUCUCAUUAACAAUGAUUUAGAAGUGGGAAUGGCAUGGUAA